UUCUCCGUUCGGUCUUUCAGAUAUCGUCGCUAUAUUAGAGAAGCACAGAAGUUCCUAGGUUUGGUUCUUCUUUGCAUGAUGAGGAUUUCAGCCGAUACAAUUCGCACAGUGUUUGGGAUCCUAGGGAACGGAACCGCCCUCGUGCUGUUCUUCUCGCCAGCCCCAACAUUCCGCAGGAUAUGGAAGAGCGGAAGCGUGGAGCAAUUCCACGCCACCCCCUACCUCGCCACCCUUCUCAACUGCAUGUUCUGGAUACUGUACGGCCUGCCCAUGGUGCACCCCCACAGCACCUUAGUCCUCACCAUCAACGGCUCCGGCCUCGUCAUCGAGCUCACUUACGUGAUCAUCUUCCUCCUCUACUCCGAGAGGAACCAGAGGCUCCGCGUGCUACUGGUGCUGAUUAUCGAGAUCCUUUUCGUCGGUGCAGUAGCCGCGGUCGUCCUCACCAUCGUCCACGGCUACGUGCGGCGCUCGUUGGUCGUCGGUGUGCUCUGUGUAAUCUUCGGAACCCUCAUGUACGCGUCUCCCUUAUCCGUGAUGAAACAGGUGAUCGAGACGAAGAGCGUGGAGUUCAUGCCUCUCUUCCUUUCGCUUGCUUCUUUCUUCAAUGGCAUAUGCUGGACGAUCUACGCUCUCAUUCGCUUUGACCUCUUCAUCACUAUUCCAAAUGGCUUGGGCGUGGCAUUUGCAGUCGGUCAGCUGAUACUGUACAUGAUGUACCGUGGAUCGACGGUGCAACAGAUGAAAGAACGGAAGCAGAAGAUGGAGAUGGGACUCGUGAAUACGAAUGGAAGCUUAAAAGACGACCUGGAAAACGGGACCAAGAUCGGAAAUUGACGAGGCCGGCGAUGUCUCCCGAUACCAACAAUAAUAACCCUAAACCCUAAAAAUGGGCACAUCAAGCUGUGUGUUUUGUUAGCUCCACUUAAUCCUUCUUCACCUCUUAAUAUACGAGAGAAAGGUUACUUGAUGAUCAGAAAAGUUUGAAAGUGCUUUAAUAUCUC